AGAGCUGCUCCGGCCGCGGCCCUGGGAGCUGGAGGAGCCGCGACUCAGCAGGCAUGACUGGAGAGGGAAGUCCCAAUGGUGCUAGAAUGGUGCUGCAGUGGCAGAAGACGGCUCACGAGUGAGGUCUGGAAGAACAACAGGGAAGACAUCCAUCAUUUGCUCCAAAGUGUGCAAGUCAAAUCCUGGGGAGAAUCAUGAUAACCCUGAUCACUGAGCAGCUACAGAAGCAGACUCUGGAUGAGCUGAAAUGCACACGCUUCAGCGUCAGUCUGCCUUUGCCUGAUCAUGCAGACAUCUCCAACUGUGGAAACCCUUUCCAGCUUGUGUCUGAAGGUGCUUCCUGGAGGGGCCUGCCCCACUGUUCCUGCGCCGAGUUCCCGGACAGCCUCAACCUCAGCUACCAACCCUCAGGCUUGAGCCUGCACCUCAGACUACCCAGCCGGGGAAGCUCCCCACAGGAGCAGCCCCUCCCCCAAGUCCUAAGCCCUGAGCCCCCAGACCCAGAGAAACUCCCUGUGACUCCCACCCCUCCAUCUAAGAGGCACUGUCGCUCACUCUCAGUGCCCGUGGACCUGUCUCGCUGGCAGCCGGUGUGGCGGCCCGCCCCCUCCAAGCUGUGGACUCCCAUCAAGCACAGGGGUAGUGGUGGAGGGGGCGGGCCGCAGGUGCCUCACCAGAGCCCCCCAAAGCGAGUCUCCAGCCUCAGGUUCCUCCAAGCUCCCAGUGCCUCUGCUCAAUGUGCCCCAGCCCACAGACCCUACAGUCCCCCUUUCUUCAGCCUCGCCCUAGCCCAAGAUUCCUCUCGACCUUGUGCUGCCUCCCCCCAUAGUGGCUCCUGGGAGAGUGAUGCUGAGUCCCUGUCACCUUGCCCACCCCAGCGCCGUUUCUCCCUGUCACCCAGCCUGGGCCCACAGGCAAGCCGCUUUGUGCCCUCUGCCCGGAGUUCCCCAGCAUCCUCCCCAGAGCUGCCCUGGAGACCUCGAGGCCUCCGCAACCUUCCCCGCAGCCGGUCACAGCCUUGUGAUCUCGAUGCCCGCAAAGCUGGGGUCAAGCGGCGUCACGAGGAGGACCCCCGGCGGCUGCGGCCUUCUUUGGACUUUGACAAGAUGAAUCAGAAACCGUACUCAGGAGGUCUGUGUCUCCAGGAUACAGCCCGGGAAGGCAGCAGCGUUUCUCCACCAUGGUUCAUGGCCUGUAGCCCCCCACCUCUCUCUGCUUCCUGCAGCCCCAUUGGGGGUUCCUCCCAGGUGUUGAGUGAAAGCGAAGAGGAGGAGGAGGGGGCCGUGCGGUGGGGGCGGCAGGCUUUAAGCAAACGGACACUGUGCCAGCAGGACUUUGGGGACCUGGACUUGAAUCUGAUUGAGGAGAACUAAACCUGAGAGGCUACUUCCUGGGGCCACACAGACUGACUCUCUUACGGCUACUAACAAGUGUCAAGGCCCCAAGGCCAAGGGCCCAGCCUGGGAGCGGGGGUGAGUGGAGGGCUCUGACUCAGGGCAGCCGGAAUUCUUCUCGCUCCAGGAAGCUCGACCAUGCCAAGACACUGGCUGGGACAAGAUAAACGGAGCUGGUGGCGGGAGGGACAGCCCCAGAGCAGACCCUACCCGUGGCGGCCCUGAGUGUGAGUAUCCCUGCCACCGAGAGAGCAAUGGGCAGGGAAGGAAGGGGUCUGCUGACCCCAGCUCGGGGAAUUUCACUAGCCCCUUUGCUUCAAAGGGCACUUGUGUCUUAGAAUUUGGCCAGGGUGGGAAGGGUUCAGUCAGCCUCCUUGGAGAAACUGUGUGAGAGUAUAUGCGUGCAUGGGAGUGUGUUCAAGUAAAGGUGUGUUUGUGUAGCCUUAGGGGAGGAAGGCAUUUGCUCCUUAACAGUAGAGCAUCGUGAUACCCCAGGAUCCUGAGUUUUUGUGGGAAAUAGGCCUUGUCAAGGAGUAGGAGGGCACCAAGUUUUCAUUGUUUCUGAAUAUCCCUGGAGCCAGGCUUGUAAUCUGUGUGCAUCGCUGGCUCUGUAAAGGACUCUGUUUUGGGUCUUUUUAAGUGCUGUGACCUCAGCUAAGGGUCUUUUCGUCCUCUCCACCCCUUCUCACUAGGUGAAUCUCUGUUGAGGGGUGGAGAGGGGUCUCCACGUUCAUUCUGAGCUAGUCUUUUUUUUUCUCAUCAGAUUGCCUAGGCUAUGUACAUCCUGCCUCUCUUACUCUCUAAGUAGAUGCAAGCACACGUGGGCAACUGAGGCAGUUCUGAAGGGCUCCAUCGCACACUUUUCCUUCCUACUGAAGGGACUUUGCUGCCCUCACCCUCUAACCUUUGAGGUCAGAAACAAGGAGGAAAGACCCUGUAUUGGUCCCCAGUGUCUAUUGAGGCAGACCUAUAGCAGAUACGAUGUUCAGGCCCCACGGCCAUGGGUGAGCUUGCUCCAGUCCUGACUGUUAGAAGCAGACUAUAAGGAAACCUAUUGUAAGAUCCAAGCCCAGCCUCUUUUCUGAUCUGCUUGAGAAAUGGGUGUCAGCAUUUACUAGUUUGCUUGUCUUCCACUUGUGCCAGGAAAUGUUUAUUUGCCUCUAAUUGGCCCUAAGAGACCACAGGGAGGUUAAGGCUCACUAAGGGAUUGGCUGAGGAUAUGUAAAGCGAAGGCAGUGAGGAACAGUUGGGAGUUUGUUGUUGUUGUUGGAUUGAAUUUCCUUUUUUUUUUUAAGUUUCUCACCACAACUUGAGCCAGGACAACAGGUCCAGUGGCCAUAGUGAUGAGUUUAAGGACUGCAGCUACCAUGGAAGGACUGGCACCUGUGGAAAUGUGAAGCUGCUACUAUAAUAGCUUGUGAAGCUUUGUCCAGCUUUGGUUAGACUCUGCAAGACCAAAUUGGACCUGCCUUUCCUGUUUAUUAGAAGAAGGGCCAUUUUCUUUUCAAUUUCCAGGGUGUCUUAAGAUCCAAGUUCCUCACAUUGGGAGAAAAUACUAAGGUCUAUGUUUUUCUUCCUUGUGGAGUUGAACCUGACAUUAUCUGGGUCUCCCACAUGUUGCAUAAGAGCAUAAAUGAGGCUUCGGCCUCCUUGCCUGCACUCCAGAGGAGAGGUGACCAUAUCUUCUUGAGCCUCUGCUAUUUACAGGCUCUACCCUUCCAAGCUCCUCUCCAUCUAGUUAACCAUGUAUUACCAGUGGGCCACACAGUAUGUGGGGGCCUGAGAGAACCAUUCUGGAGAAACCAGGGAAACUGGGAGCCUAGGAGUUGACCAUCCUUGGUUUCAUCCCUCCCCUGGCUCUUCUUCCUCUACAGGCCAUAAUUUCCCUGGUGCCGGCUUCUUUUUCUCUGGGGGCAUCCUCAUCCCUGGGCUUUCUGCUGCAGGUUGCCUGUGCCAGCUUCCAUUAGGCCACUGGCACUGCCAGUGUGGUCUUUGGAAGCCCUAAGCUAAAGAAGUGAGGGCAGAAUCUGGCUUCCCCAAAGCUCUAGGGCACCAUUCUUAAGGGAGAAAGUCUGCAGAUACUAGAGUCGAAUUCCAUUACUUUCAAGACUGGAAAGUUAAACUUGCCAGAACUAUCAUCUUCCCAGUCUAAGCACCCAUGGCCCUGGGACAAGCCUUUUCAAGAAGUGGUUCAUUUUGCUUUACACAAUAGAUCUGUUCCAACAGUUCUGUGUAAACCAAAUGCUAUUUUUCCAUGCAUUUGGACUGCUAACCAUUUAAAAGCAGCCUAUGAUUGCUUCUUUUGUAAAGCAAGCAACCUCCUCCCUCUACUUCAGCUGUUUUGACUAUUUGGAUUUUCACAUAUUGGGCUUACCCAGAGUGGAGCACACCUCCACAGGGCUUGUGGUUGACACUGGGUAGCCAUCUGCAUCUGUGCUGUGUGUGUGGUGUGGCUGACCAGUAGGUGAGUAUUCCUGCGUGUGUGAGUGAAGCCACUCCCAGGCUGGUGCUCUCCUCCUGUGCCCGGUAACUGCCCAGUGGCAGCUCCAGCUGCCCUUCACUCCCACCUGCUGCCAAAGUCCCUGUGCUAACGGGAUUACAAUUACAAAAAGUGGAAAAAAAAAUUUCGUAAACUUUGUUUUAUAUUAAAAAAAAAGAAAAAAAAAAAACAAACCCUAAGUCUGUGUGUGUUAAACAUGAGGUCCUGCCUCUGUGACUGUGUUUGAAAAAAUAAAGUUUUAUUAGAAUAAUCCAUUUUCCCAAGCAA